AAAAAAAAAAAAUCUCUUCCCUCCAUUUUAUCUAUAAAACCAAGUUAUUCCCCACAACAAAAUUUCUUAAACCAAAAUUUCUUCUCAAAACAAAACUCUCCAUCACGAAUGUCUCGUGCUAAUAGUUUCAGCGAAAAGAAACUUGGAGGUUCAAAUCGUAUUAGACCAUCAGAUAUUGAACUAGAAGAUUUAGAUGAUAGUUCGGUUAAUGACUGGAACAAUCCUGCAAGAAUGUCACCGACUCUUGGAGAACUCUUAAAACGUGUCGGUGAUUCAACACGUAUCGAAGGCGAUCUUAUACCUACGACGUCCGAGCAUCGAGUUAUCGAUAUGAAUGAACACGGCGGUGGUGCUGAUGAUUCUUUUUCUAAUAAGAUACCAUCAAGAUCUGUUCCUUUUGUUCUUUCUUUCAAUAAUCUUACGUACAGUGUUAAAGUCCCUACAAAAAUGAGACUUCCUACAUGUUUUCGUCGUAAAAACAAGCUUGGAGAUGAAAGUUUAGCAUCAUCGAGACCUAGUACAAAGACUUUGUUGAAUAAUAUAUCUGGUGAAGCUAAAGAUGGUGAGAUUCUUGCUGUUCUUGGUGCUAGUGGAUCAGGUAAAUCGACGUUAAUCGAUGCUAUAGCCAAUCGAAUAGCUAAAGGAAGUUUAAAAGGAACUGUGACACUAAAUGGUGAAGUUUUACAGUCUCGUUUACAAAAAGUGAUUUCUGCUUAUGUUAUGCAAGAUGAUCUUUUGUAUCCAAUGUUAACUGUUGAAGAAACACUUAUGUUUUCAGCUGAGUUCCGUUUACCUAGAUCUCUUUCUAAAUCGAAGAAAAAAGCUCGAGUUCAAGCUUUAAUUGAUCAGUUGGGGUUAAGAAAUGCUGCGAAUACUGUUAUCGGUGACGAAGGUCAUAGAGGUGUUUCUGGUGGUGAACGGAGAAGAGUUUCUAUUGGUACUGAUAUUAUUCACGAUCCUAUACUUCUAUUUCUCGAUGAGCCAACGUCUGGUUUGGAUUCUACAAGUGCGUUUAUGGUUAUCAAAGUACUUCAAAGGAUUGCUCAAAGUGGUAGUAUUGUUAUGAUGUCGAUUCAUCAACCGAGUUAUCGAAUUCUUGGUCUUCUCGAUCGGGUAAUUUUCUUAUCUCGGGGACAAACUGUUUUUAAUAGCAGGCCUUCAAAUCUUCCUCGUUUUUUCGAGGAUUUUGGGCAUCCAAUUCCAGAGAAUGAAAAUAAGACGGAGUUUGCAUUAGAUUUUAUCCGUGAACAAGAAGUUUCUCCUGCUGGUACUAAGAGUUUAGUGGAAUUCAACAAAACAUGGAAUUACAUGAAUAGGAAGAAUUCUUGUACUUACUCUGCAAAUGGUGUAGAUUAUCGAGGGUUAUCACUGAAAGAAGCUAUUAGUGCAAGUAUUUCCAAAGGGAAAUUAGUUUCUGGUGCAACAAAUAAUGAUCCUAAUUUUACAUCUACAAUGGAAACAUUUGCGAAUCCUCCAUGGACUGAAAUCAAUGUUUUGAAUAGACGCUCGUUGUUGAAUAUGAAACGAAUGCCUGAGCUUGUUGGUAUCAGAUUGGGUGCAGUUACUAUCACUGGUUUUAUUUUAGCAACAGUCUUUUGGCAUCUUGAUAAUUCACCGAGGGGUUUACAAGAAAGAUUAGGAUUUUUCGCAUUCGCAAUGUCUACAACUUACUACACUUGUGCUGAAGCUCUUCCGGUUUUUCUAACCGAGAAAUUCAUUUUCAUGAGAGAAACUGCUUAUAAUGCGUACCGCCGGUCAUCUUAUGUUUUAUCUCGUGCAAUCGUCGAUUUGCCUGCUCUAGUCUUACUUUCGGUUGCCUUUGCAGUAAUUACUUACUGGUCUGUUGGUCUAGCCGGUGGAUUCCAUGGGUUCUUGUUCUUUUUCUUGAUAAUCUUAGCUUCAUUUUGGGCGGGUUCUUCUUUCGUUACAUUCUUAUCUUCGGUUAUCAGUCAUGUUAUGGUAGGUUAUACCGUGGUGGUCGCAGUUCUUGCUUACUUCCUUCUAUUCAGUGGAUUCUUUAUGAACAGAGAUAGAAUGCCAGUUUACUGGUUAUGGUUUCAUUAUAUCUCUUUGAUUAAGUAUCCAUUCGAAGCUGUUCUGCAAAAUGAAUUCGCGGAUCCAAACAAAUGUUUCAUCAACGGAGCUCAGAUUUUCGAUACUACCCCGUUAAAAGGUUUCCCAAUGGAAUUGAAAGAAAAGUUAUUGAAAUCAAUAAGUAGUACACUGGGGUUCGAGUUAACGCCGACUACUUGCGUUACAACCGGAAUGGAUAUAUUGAAAGAUCAAGGUGUCACUCAACUUAAUAAGUGGAAUUGCUUGCUGAUUACUGUUGCUUGGGGUGUGUUUUUUAGGAUUCUCUUCUACUUCUUUUUGUUAAUUGGAAGUAAGAACAAAAGAAGGUGAAAAGAUUCGGGUCUGCCAAGAUAAAUUUGGCGGGAAGAAAUGGAAUUAUAUGUCAACUUAAUUAUCUUUUAAAUCAAUUACCUUGUUUUAAGAGAGGGUGGAAAUUAAGGAAGAAAAGUUGGAGUUUGGACUUUGGAAUGUAACUUGCAAGUUGCAUAUAUACUUUUGGGUUAAAUUAUUUUGUUUGUUUGUUUGGAUCUCCUAAACAUUCAUCACUUUUUUUUUUCUUCUUCUACUAUAUAAUAAUUGAAUUGUGAAUCUACUAUGAUCAUCUGUUUUUUGUUCUAAAUCAGUUCAACCACUACUUUCUGAAUGUUCCAACAAUCUCAAACAUUCAAAAACUUUGUACCAUACUUUUAUGAAUGUUAAAUUUACAAUUAUUACA